AUUUCAUGCUCAAGAUCUCAGUUUGCGACGGGUUUGCCAAAGCAAAUCAGCGGCAAUGUUCUGCCACCGUUGCUAAACAUGCCGGCUUCAUGACCGCAAGGUCUCGUCGGUCAUUCUGGUUCGGCCAAGCUGCGCGAUAUUUGUUGCUUGUUGGUGCCAUUGCUUGCUUAUGCGGGUUUGGUUUUCUGUGGCGGGUGCACAAUGGAGCGAUGCAGACAUAUGGUGAUGACACCACCAAGAACAGUCAGCAACGGAUAGGCUUGCUGGACCAACAAUUGCGCAAACUCCUUGCCAGCCCUGGGCUGCCGGCUGUCUCGCCCAUAUCGUUGCCACUGCCUACGGCGUCGUCCGCCGAAGGCUGGUCAGGAUCAUUUGCAUCAGAAGGGCCACUUGACAUGAUAGGCUUGUCGCAAGGAGAUGCAGACAACCAAGAGACCGACCCUGAAGAAGGGAGUAGCGCAGGUGAUACAGAUUGCCACGACACACACCCAAAUGCUGACAGUCCUGACAUGCUCCACGUCGUGUUUGCAUCUGAUGCAAACCAAGCAGAAGGAGUCCAGGCAAGCGUGGCAUCUGUUGUGUCAUCCACAGCAUCACCGGAUGAGCUAACAAUUCACAUCAUUGUGCAAGCGCAGUCUUUGAAUGACUUCAAGAUGCGUUUUGGAAUUCGUCCAGAGUGCCAAGCAACUGUCAGCGUGACGGGCGUUCUCAUCAAGGUUCAUGCCGUUGAUGGACGCCUAAUUGAGAAAUCAGUGGCAAAGGUUUCGUCAAAUUUACGCAAGGAGCGAGGGGCGAUAGAUACGCCAGAAAAUUUUGCGCGCUUUUAUAUGCAUUUGAUUCUGGAGAGGGCAGUUGUUAUAUAUUUGGAUGCAGAUACGAUUGUGCAGGCAGACCUAGCUGAAUUGCGGAAGCAGCUUUUGGCCAGUGGGAAGACGAUUGGCUUUGUCUCUCGAGAGUCCGAGGUCAAGAUGGAUAAGUUUCUCAAGAAGCCAAAAGGCUGCAGUGCCCAGCUGGGAGCGAGUUGGAAGAAAUUGAUAGCCUUGCAAGCGUUCAACGUUGGGGUUUUUGCAGUGAACUUGCAGCGUUGGAAAGAACAGCAUGUUGCUGAGAGAGUGGAAGAACUGGUGACGCAGCACAACCGGUGUGGUGGCCAGCUUUGGGUUGGCGGCUCCCAGCCUCCCCUGCUGCUGGCCUUCCUGAACCUGAAGCAGGGUGAAGAGAAGGAUUACAUCGUUUUCCCUGCAGAGUGGAACUAUGGUGACUUGGGUUGGCGCAAGGGCAUUUCAGCAUCAAAGCUUCAGUCGAAGAAAGUCUUGCACUGGAAUGGAAACCGAAAGCCCUGGAAGACGGAAGGUUUGUACAAGGAAAUGUGGCUUCCACACCGUCAACGAUUUGAUUCCUUGCUCAAGCCAUAUAGUGCCAGUGACACUGGUGGGUCUACUCAGCGGCCAGAUGUGAAGGACAAGCCUCCACCAAAAAAGAAAAGUAAAGGGCCGACAAGCACCACGACGCUGAGCCCUGAAGAGAUUGCUGCAAGGAAAGCAUGUCCUUCGGUGCUACUUUUAGAUGAAUGGAGUGAGGGCUCGCAAUGUACCAUUGGGAAAACCUAUGGCUGUGCAAGCGAGGGGAUGUAUGUGGGAGCUGGAUGCUCUGGCCUAUUCAGCGUGUCCGGCAAAGCCACUGUCUGUGGAGUUGGGCGAAGUAAGUGCGAACCAGGAGCUCUGCCUAAAGUUGCUGAUUGUGGGCUGAUGGUCCUUACAAGCUACUUUACCACAAAGAAAGACUGGCAACGUGGCAAAUAUGCAAAGCCGUCCUUUUCUAAAAUUCAGAAGCUCUACCAGACAGCCAUCACAAAUGGGCUGGCUGUGAGUGUCCUGUAUGAUUCCUUGCCUCAGGAUUUCAUAGAUGCGUACGCUUCCCACCGUUUCCGCUUUGUGCAAGUAAACUUGACAGAGUUCGACAAGAGGUACGGUGUAAAUGACGUCCGGUACUUCUUUUUCCAUCGCCUUCUCAACCAGAAUUCCGAUUGGAAAUCUGUCUUUAUUGUGGACGCUUUUGAUGUGCGAUCUGGGAUGAAUCCCUGCUCUGGGAUCCAGCCUGGCAAGAUUUUUGUCGGAGGUGAGCAAGACAGGCUCAAGAAGCAUCCAUGGAUGAAAGCACGCUUCCAGAAAAUGGGUGGCAAGUACAACCAAUGGUAUACCAGCAAGGUCACAGACAAAAUGAAGAUCCUGAACUGCGGCAUCACUGGGGGCCAGCGGGAUGUCAUGCUGAAAUUCCUCUCCCGGAUGGUGCAGGUUUUGCAGGAUCCAGCUUUAGCAAUUCGUCAAAAAAACGAAGACAUCAACUUGAAUAUGGCAGCUUUGAAUUACAUUUUGUACACGGAGUUUGACGGCAAGUUCCAAUAUGGACCGCCGGUCCAUUCGGUGUACAAAAGGUUUGAGAAUCGACGCAAAGAUGUGUGGUGGGUGCACAAAUGAAGGAUCAUACUGCUGAAGCAAGGGCUGAAGCAAGAAUUGGCAAAUUUGCGUCUGGCCUUCAUCAUGCAGAUUCUUUGCCAUGACCAAGAUGGUCCUUGUGGGGCAAAGUUGUUUUUCCCUGGCAUGAUGAGUGUUCGGGCGAAAGAA